CAUCACAUCAUAAGAAGGCACAUUUGCAUACUAGUCGAUGUCACAUUCCGGCUCUGCUACGCUUUAUCAAGUCACACUAUGGAUGAUACACCCUACACGCCCCCGGACCCAAGAAUGUAGGUGAUACGAAUACGAGGACGACCUGGUUAUAACCCUACGCAUCAAGAGACUUCGACGGAAGCGACCAAAGUUCAACGCUCUAUCGUACGUUUGGGGAAAAGAGAGAUGUCCCCCCAAUGUGCCCUCCUCCAGCUUCGCAACACGAUGAGCGGCACUUACUUUGGAUAGACGCACUGUGCAUCAACCGAGGCGACACCGAAGAACGAGGCCAACGGGCUCAGCUUAUGGGUGAUAUACUUGUGUCUGCAGAACACGUCACGGUAUGGCUAGGCACAGAGCGCUCGAAUGAUCAAUAUAUCGUCGAUAACAUCAAGCAUCGUUGAAUCCCGGAAUCAACUGGAGAGGCGAUAUAUCUGAUGAGAGCUCUGAGGCGUUUAUGUCGACGUUCCUGGUUUGGC